AUGCCCACCAUGCCACUACAGUAUGAAACCUUGAAGUCUGUUCUGCUUUACAUGGAACCUAAUAUACGAUUCCGAAUCUCUUUGCGCAUGCCUUCAAUCAGUUCUCUCGAGAAACGGAUUCCGUUGAAAAUCGAGAAUCUGAAGUUUUCAUUUUUUGAUACAAAAGUGAAUAAGUUCUCCUAUCGAGUUGGUCUUUACCUUGAUUAUGGAAGCAAUGAAAUUCCCUUCAAAGCUUAUGGUUCAAAUGCAUCUGGAGGCUCUUACGAGGACAUCGAUCAAUAUGGAUUCAUUAUAUAA